GGGGUGGGGGGUCUUGCUUUUGGUACUUCCGGAAUCCAGGAGCACGUGAUGUGGUUGCUAAGCAACGUCUGUUGUUGGCGUUGCUAAUCACGCAAGAAGUACUGUAGACAAAAAAAAAAAGUAGAAACCGAAUGUCAGAAAGUUUAAAAUAAAAAUGGCUUUACAGUUGACGGCAGUUAAGGACGAGGACCUGCAAGCGACAAAGGUCAAAGGUCCUGGUCCGGGUCUGCUCAGCAUGUCCGACUCCGAUGCAGACACCAUGGACACAGAAGGAGAAGAUGAGAGCGAGGCUGAAACAGAGCAGGACGUUUCUAUCUCCAUUCAGGAUCCUGGUCCUGUCUCUACCGACAGAGAGACAUCUUUCCCUCAGACUCCACCUAAAACUGACGGAGACCUCCGCAUACGCACUGUCCUUCAGUGCGGCUGUGAGGUCAUGACCUGUCAGUUCAGUAAUGACGGGACUCUGCUCGCUGUUGGACUCACUGACGGCUCGAUCAAGGUCUACAGCACUGACGUAGGGGAACUGGUUCACACUCUGAGAGACCGAGAUAGCAUUGUCUGCUCUCUGCCUGUCACCAGCUUGUGCUUCACACACACCAGCCAAACACACAGCGUCAUGCUGGCUACCUAUGCCAGUGGGUUUGUGAGGUGCUGGUACGUGUGGGGCCGGCAGUGUGUGUGGCGGCUGAAAGAAGCGAGGAAUAGCGGAAAAAGUGAAGUAGGAGAGCAGAGGCAGACCCUCUGUCUGUCCGUUUCUCCAUCCGGUGAACAAGCAGCGACCGGUGGCUCUGAUUCAGCCAUCCAUCUGUAUGAUCUCAACACCCAGCAGAGAAAACAGACCUGCAGGGCCAGCUCGACGAGGACGGCAAUGGACGGGCACAGCUCACGCGUCUUUGCCGUGACGUUUCAUCCCGACAGAGACACGGAGUUCGUUUCGGGAGGAUGGGACAACACUAUUCAGUUCUGGGACACCAGACAGCAACAUGCAGUCAGAAUGCUCUACGGUCCUCAUGUAUGCGGUGAGGCCCUUCACGUUGACCCAUCAGCCAAUCAGAUUCUGUCCGGUUCCUGGAGGAAAUACACCACCCUGGAGGUGUGGGAUUACAGUUCAGGCAAGAAAGUGAGCAGUGUUCCCCCAGACCCACACGGAGACAGCAUGAUGUACACGUGCCAAUGGUUGGGUCAAGAUCAUAUCGUAGCAGCUGGAGGUCAUGCUAACGCACUGAGGGUCGUCGAUCGCCACAGUCAAACGGUGAAGGCACGGUUGUUUGACUUACCCUCUGCCGUGUUCAGUUCUUCCAUCUGUCCAUCUGGAAGGUGGGCAGGACUUAUAGCGGCCACCUCCGGGGACCAAGUGUUCCUAUUGGUUAUUGAUCAGCAAGAAAAGAACCCUCUCUGA